AUGGAUUAUUUAUUAAAUAAUAUUGAAGUAGAGAUAGACUUAGAUUAAAGUGACGAUUAAUCAAAUUAGAUAUGUUUUAAGGUAUAUAAUAAAAAUUUGUAAACUUUUUGGAUGGUUGAACAUAAAUCUGAAGAAAUACAAAGAUUUGGAUUAAAUGUUUUUAAUACUUAAAUGCCUGAGGAGAGUAGUGAAAGAUUUUAAUGGCUAUUAGAAUUAUGCUAUAAGAUUAAUAAGUCUUAAAAUAAUGAUUAUAGUAUACUUGAAUUCUUUAAAUCGAAACCAAUUUAGAUGAAAAGAAAGUAAUCAAAAAAAAGAAGUCUUUCAACUUUUAGUUAAUUGUUAAAAAUGUCAUGUGUUGAAGAAACUAGAACUCAUAGUAGAAACACUGUAACAGCUAAGUAAAAACAAUAUACUUAAAUAAUACUGGAAAAUUCAUCUAGAUUUUGUGAUUUGAAAACAACUCGAGAUUUUAUUGAUUUAUUAACCUUGUUACAUUAUAGAGAUAUAAAAAAAGUAGGAUCUGGAGCAUAAUCUUAAGCAUUUAAAGCCCUUAAUUAACAAGAACAUUUAGUGGCUGUAAAAAUUUCUCAAAACACUUAAGAAAAUCUAUAUGCAGCAUUAAUGUAAAGAUAGAUAAAUUAAGAUGUGGCAGAAAAUUUUGUAGGAAAUUAUUUAUUUUAAUAUUAAAUCUUAGAAGUAGAGGACAUAUUAAUAAUAGAAGAAGAAUUAGCUUAAAAUACAUUAGAAGAUUUAAUUGAUAGAAAAUAAAAUAUAAAUGAGAAUUUUACAGAAUAUGAAAUUUUAUAAAUCAUUAAAGAUAUAGUUGAUUAAUUAUUUAAUUUGCAUAUUGGAAGAUGUAAAUAAUUUAUAUUAAUAAUUAUUAGAAUCAGCUCAUAAUGAUAUUAAACCAGAAAACAUUUUGAUACAAGAUGGUAAAUUUAUAUUACAUGAUUUUGGAGCAAUUAGACCAGUACCAAAAGAUUAAAACUAAGUUGAAAUUAAUUAAAUAUUUGGUACAAUAUUAUAUAUGUCCCCAUUAAAAUUUGAACACUAUCUCUCAACUAAUUAAAAAUAAUAACUUGAUAUUCAUAUAACACAUACUAUUGAUUCAAUCUCUAAUAAUUUUAAACAUAAUCCAUUUAAAUCAGAUAUUUAUUCUUUAGGAUUAGUUCUUUUAUAAUUAUUACUUCAUAAUGAUAAAAUUAAUUUAAGAAAACAAAUUGAAUGUCUUUUUUAUGAAUAAAGAUAAUAAAAUUUACCUGGUUUAAUUGAAAAAUAUGAAAUAUAUCUUUAUCCUGAAAAGUUCUUCUUAUUUGAUUAAAAAUUAAAAAGAAUUAAACCAUUAUUAAAAUUAUUACUAGAUGAAAAUGAAGAAACAAGAAUAUCUACUAUUGAAUUAGCUACUUUAUUUAAUUCUUAAAUUUGUACAUCUAUUUAAACAUCUUUUACUUAAUAAUUUGUACCAACUAUAUGGAAAUCAGAAUAAGGUGGCACUUGUUAAUUGGCUUAUAGUUUAAAAUCUUAAAUAUAUUAAGGUGUUUACAAUAAAGAAAAAUAAGAAAGAGAAGGAUUUGGUAUAAUGUAUAAAGCAUCUAAAAAUGAUUUAAUUUUUAAAAUUUAAAGACAUAAGAAAGAUAAGAAAUCUAUAUAUGAUGAAGAUUAAGACUUUGAAAUAAGUUAAGUUACUUAAUUAUAAGAAUCUAAACAUAUUCUAAGUGCAAAGUAAAGUUUAGUUUAAAAUCAACUAUAAAUUCUUUAUUCUGGACAUUGGUUAAAGAAUUUACCUCAUGGAAAAGGAGAAUUACAUAUAUAUAAUACAGUAAGUGAUCUUAAUUACAAAGAAGUUAAUAUUGAUUAUGGCAAACUUAUAAAUAAAAUAGAUGAUCAUCAUGAAGAACAUUAAUUAUAAAUCAAUUCAUAAUUUUAUUUUGGUAUAUUAGAUUAAGGGACAACUAUUAAUGGACUUUAAGUUUAAUUUUUUUUAAAUAUAAGUGAAAGAUUGGCAGAAGAUGAAUUCAUUGUUGGUAAGAAUUAUUAUAAGUUUGAAUAUGAUGCAAUAACCUAAAAAUAUUAUGGAUAUUAAUAACCAUAUGAUUUUACUGUUAUUGAUGUAUUGAGUUUAAAUGAUAAAGAAAUUAUUUGUUUAAUAAUAAGUAGAUUUAUAAGAAAUCUUAAAAGUAAAAUUUCUCAUUUCGAAAUUAGAAGAUAUGUAAUUGAAAAAUAGAUAUUUCUUAAAGAUAAUAAUAAUAAUUAUAUUUAUAUACGAUUUGAUGGAUAACAUUAUAAGGAUUCACAUUAGAAAUAAUAAAAAGAAUAAUAAAAUCGUAAACCUAUUUAACCAUAAAUUAUUUAAAAGAAAUCUACAACUGCUUGUUGUGUUAAAUAAAAUAAAAAGAUAAAUUAAAAUUAAUAAAAAGAAAUAGAAAUAUAGUCUGAUGUAUUAGAAUCUUAAAUUGUUUUAGAAUGUCUAAAUUAAUAAAAAUCAAAUGUGAAUGAAUUGAUUUUAUAGACUACUUCUUUAUCUUCUCAUGCAUUAGAAUGGUUAUUUGCUGAUGACAUCAUUUCUUAGGUAUAUUAUUAUCAAAUUAAUUUAGAUUGAAAUAUUAAGUUUUAGCAAUUCCUUAAUAAAAGAUAAUUAACUUAAUUUGAUUUUGAUGAGUUAAUCUGUUACAUAAGUAAGAGAUUUAGAUUUAUCAUAUACUUAAUUAUCAGUAUAAACAAUUACAGCAUUAAUUAAUUCAGAAAAUUUAAAUAAACUUCAUAAAUUAAGGAUGGCUGGAUGUUAAUGGUGUUAAUAAUUUGAAGAUUUUAUUACUUGUGAUAAAUCUUAAAAAUUAAUUCUAUUGGAUAUUUCUAAUAAUAAAUGGGUUGAUUCCAAUCUUCUUAAAUUAUUUACACCUGUCUAUUUACCUAAUCUUAGUCAAUUGAAUUUAAAUAAAACAUCAUUAACAGAUAAAGAUUUAAAGAAGUUUUUGGAAACACCAUUAGGUAAAAAACUUAAUCUAAUGCCAUAAACAUCUAAAUAAUGGGAAUAACCAAUUAUUGAUUUUAAGAUUUCAAUACGUGCAACUAAUAGUUUAUUUGAGAAUAUUAGAAAUUUAGAAAAAUAUGGUUAUAUGUCUUAACAUGACAUGGAAGAGAAUAAUUAUAUUAAAGAUGAAACUCUUAAAAGGAUUGCUCAUUCAUAAGGGUUAUAGAAUAUAGAAUAUUUGAAUUUAAAGAGUUAGGAUAUUACUCAUUAUGGAAUGAAACAUUUUUUACAAUCAUAAUUUAUUACUAAUAUCAUAUCAAUAAAUUUAUCUAAUACUAAAAUAAAUGGGGAUGUGUUAAAGUAAAUUUAUUCAUCAAAAAUAUCACAUUUGAAAAUCUUAAAAUUAAAAAAUUGCAAUAAUAUUUAGUUUGAUGAUUUAUAACUCUUUUUAAAAAAUUAUAAAGCAGCAUAUCUUUAAACAUUUUACAUAAGUAGCAAAUAAAUAUCUACUAAAAAGCUUGUAACAGAGUUGAAGAAUCUAUAAUCUUUAACUUAAACUUAAAUUAUUUUUAAUGAGUAUAAAUUAAUAUUAGUAUAGUUAAGAAAAACAAACUGAUAUAUCUAAUUUACUUACCGCCAUUCUGACUUGGGUAGCCAUUUUAAUAAGCAAAUAAAAACUAUAAAAAUUAACCCUAGACCUAAGAGAUUGCAAAGGGAUAAAUAAUGGUUUUGAUUUAUUCUUAGAAGAGAUCCAAUAAUUAAAAGGAGAACCAUAUUGUACAUUGAUAUUUAAAAUCUCUAAGUAAGAUAUUGUCUAAUUAAAGUUCCUCAAUGCCAGUUUCUAUAAUAAAUUAGUUGGAAUAGAAUUACAAAUCAAUUCAAUUUGUUUAAUGA